AUGAGUAGUAAAUUAUUGAAUAAACUUAAAACUAAAUUACAAUCUAAAUCCAGUCUUACUAAACCAUCCUCAACAGCUUAUGAAGAUUAUCUUAAAUCAUAUUCAAAUGCUGAAAUCGAUUUAGAAAACCCACCACUUCCACCUGAUCAUCAUUCAUCUCAUCCUAAUCAAUUCUUUUCAGCUCCCUUACCUCCAUUCGAAUCAAAAAGACAAAGAAUCAUCAAUCGAUUAGCCUAUCAUCAAUCUUCUCCAGAUACUACUUCAGAUUCAACUCCCAUCACAUCUCCUACCAACACUAACUUUUCUUCUUCUCUCUCUUCUCCUUCUACUUCUCAUUCUCAUGCUUCCUUUGCUUAUCUUCAAGAUUUAUAUCUAAGACCUAAGUUAGAUUCAUUUCAUUCUAGUUCGAAUACCACCACCACUUCUACUACUACUGCUUUGGAUAAUUCGAUAUCCAAACCUAUUGAACAUCAUCUUUCGUUUUCAUUGAUCGAUCAUCCCGAUCUUCAUGCUCUAGUAGAAAAAUGUAGGGCUCUCUUUUCGGUGGCUGCUUCAAUGGUCUCAAUCUUGGAUGAUGAUCGGAAUGUAUAUCUUGCUGAAAACGGUCUAAAUGGAAUCACUUCUCUGAGGCGUGAUUUAAGUUUUUGUUCACAUACAAUCUUAAAUGGAGAUCGAGUGUUUGCAGUACUAGAUACAUCAGCCGAUUGGAGAUUUACCAAUUCACCUACCUUGGAACAUCAAGCAGCAAGGUUUUAUGCAGGAGCUCCAAUCUUUGCACCACAUUUUCCAGGUUUAAUUGAUUCACCACCUGAGAAACCGGUUUGUAUUGGAACGAUUUGUGUUUUGGAUAUGAAACCAAGACAAGAUUUUACCAAACAAGAAAGAGAAAGCUUAUUAAGAUUUGCAAAUGAAUGUCAAUUGGUGAUUUCGAAUUGGUUUUUAGAAAAGAUUAAUGCCAAGAUUAAAAGAUUAGAUUCGAUUAAUCUAUCGAAUUGGGUUACCUCUACAACUUCUAAUCAUCAUCAAACUUCAUCAAUUAAAAAACCUGACUUGAUACCGAUUUCGAGUAAUUUAGUCAAUGUUGAAGAAGUAGAAGAAGUAGAAGAUCAUCAAAAACCAAUACCUACUUUGGAUCGAACUAAUUCAUCAACUAAAUCGAUUCACGGGUUUCCAUUUCUACAUCCUUCAUCUACAUCAAUUUACAAGAGCUUUCGAAAUCGGAUUCAUCAAUCUCCUAAAAAACCUUAUGAAUCACCUUCACCUUCACAGAUGGCUAAAUUCGAUUUAGCUACCAAGAUCUUGGCUGAAACUUUGGAACUUUCAAUGGUUUAUAUUGUAGCUGUUUUACCACUUCCUAAACCUAUUGAUUCGUUUCAUUCAAAGUGUCCAUCACAUCAAAUCUUGGUGAUCUCAUCACAUAAUGUUCCAACACCUGCUCCGGUUUUAGAUUACGAUUUACAUCUUGAAUCGAUUCGAAAGGGCCCAAAAGGAUUGAUAUUCAAUACGACACCUACACAUCAUGUUUUACCAUCUAUGAAAACCAAUGGAACGUUAAAGAGUGAUGAGUUUACAAAAGAAGAAGAAUGGAAUGAAGAACAAGCGUUUGGAUAUGAUCGAAAGUUUGAGAAAUGUUUGAGAGAAAGAAGAAGGCAUAAGUUGGGAAAAGAGAAUGGAUUGAAGAAGUCUGGGAUCUUGUUGAUGAUUGGAGAAGAAAAGGAGAUGAAAAUGUUUAGGGUUUCGGAUGAGAUUGGGAAAGGGCAUUCGAAUGUGAAGGCGUGUGGGAAUGGGAAUGGAAUUUCGAAUGGGAAAUUAGAGUUGGAUUUGAAGAGAGAAGAAGAGAUUGAAGAAGUUAUUGUAGGGCAAGGGGAAAAGGAAAGGGAAAGGGAAAGGGAGAUCAAAGGAGGAUUUGUGAUUGAAGGAUAUUGUGUGGAUCCCACAAGAGUGUUAGGGUUAGAUGAUUUAAUCAAGAAGAAAGACUUUAUAGGAAGAAAACAAAUCAAGAAAUGA